CUUGUAAUAUCUCUGAAAAUAUGCCUUCAUCAACACUACCGCAUCCUGACCAGCACGGCGUAGAGCCUCACCCCGAUAGGCCCCGAAAUGUCGACGGAACAGUAGACUAUGCUCCUCAUCCGGAUAGCUCUCUGAAAAUUUCACCGUCUCGGAGGAAAAUACAACAGAAAAUAAUCAAUCUGUAUUGUGGGCAAGCAUCAGAAGAGAACAUGCAAGUAUAUGCCGAGAAAGCUAUCUAUGACGACCCUUUUAGUUAUUGUGACACAAGAUACAAGAUAGCAGGCCAGUGGUACGGCCUCCCGAAACUCUUCUCUAAGCUUGAAUCGUUGGCAACGGAGGUCACGUCUUCGACAGAGCAUGAACUCAUUUGGAAGCAAAGACAUAAGUAUACAUUUGCGGGUAUCCAUAUAUCAAAAUCUGUGGAUAGCCUAGUAUCCUUGAAGCUUGAGGGCAAGGCCCCUAAUGAGAAAGUCGUUUACCAUAAAGACAUGUGGAACGAGAAGGAUUAUUCCCAUGAAGGUAUAGGAGCUCUAAUGAAGAAGUUGAAUGGGUAAGUCAAUAAAAAGUCCGAAUAUUUAGAUACGAAACUUGCGAGUAGUUCUUUUAGCGAUAAGUUAACAAGCAUUACCAAGCCACCUGAAUCUGUCUAGGACAUCGACUGGAGAAGCAAGGUCUAGCCUGAAUGAGUACCUCGGUAUUAGGUAGCUACCAGUUUGAAUAAAC